AUGUCAAUUUUCAAACCGCCUGAUCAAACUGAAGAAAUUGAAGAUUUUUCAAGUCAUAAAAACACGAUGAAAGAAUUUCCCGAAUCCCUUCAUAACCUUAACCAUGUUGACCAAAAGCACUAUGCUCAAGAAUUUAAUGAUCAAGACAUUAUUACCUUAAAUUACUAUCCAAACUGUGAUAAAAACAUGAAUGGAGGUCUACCAGAGAAAAUAAUUAUAAAUAACCACGAAGCACACCAGCAUUCGCCUCCAAAGAAUCCGUUCAAAACCAUUGAUGGAGCUUUAGUGCUGGAGCCAGCGCAUUUGAAUUCUUUUUCAAAAAACUCUGUAAGCUGUGAAGGAGUCGUAGAUCUUAAAAAGCAAGAGAACGUUCAUAAUGAACAAAAUGGAGAAAUUCCAAAGUUAGAACCAUGUUCGAGAGACACCUAUGAUGAACAUAAAGAUCGUCAUCAUGCUGGAAGUGAUCACGAAUAUUAUUCCAAAUAUGUUCCGCAGCAAGAAUCGAAUUUGCCCAGUGACAAAAAUUCGGAUAAUGAGGCUUGUGUGGAAAAUACGUCAUUGCGGGAUUCUCAAAAAGGAAAUAUUUUAAAUGAAACUGCAGUUCAAGACGCGUGGAAAAAUAGAACUAAUUUUCCAUCAAAACGUAGAUUUGAAAAUCAUAAUAUAAUACUCAUUGACGAUUAUAGCAACGUUACUUCUUCUACUAAAUCUUGGGUGGAUGCUCAUUUCACCUGCAAUCGAGAAAAUGAAGACAGAACUACUGUUGUUAAGUAUGAAAAUACUCUACACGAAAACAAUGAAGCAAUAGAUCCUCAGCAAAGUUCAUCUAAUGAAUCUGAAACAUCCGAUUCGAAGAUUGACAUUGCGUCUAAUUCAAAUCCGUGGGAAUCUUCCAUGAGUGAGAAAAUGUUGCAGGAAGAAAAGAGUUUAGAAAAUGCUAAGAACAUUCAAAAUGAUACUCAUACUGCCGUUGAAAAAUGGUGCGCAGAACAAAAUUCUCACAAUGAAAAGUUUCAAGUGGAUCAACAGCACUUGGAUUCAAAUAUUGAAUUUUGGAAGAAGAAACGAGAGCUUGAUGCUCAUCAAGCUUGGGAACAGCAGUGUCGAGAGAUAAAACUGAGUGAAAUGGCAUCCUCCUGGCAUCAUGAUGAAAUUUUACACGUUGGAAAUGUUGAAGACAUAAAAUCCAUUGUCGAAAAUGAGAAUUCGGUAAAGGAAUUCGUAACUAAUUCGAACAAUUCCAUGCAAAAUCUUUACACUUACACCGUGAUACAUGAUCCUAAGAUUUGGCCACAAAAUAGCGAAAAUCCGUCACAAGCUUAUAUUUUGAUGAAAGAAGUCCCAUUGGAAUCAAAAGUGGCAAAAUCAAAAUUCGGAAAUUCAAAUUCUGUUGAAACGGAAUCAAUGUGGGACGAAAAUAAAAAUAAAACUUCCGAAACGUGGAUGCUGCAACACGCCCACCUCGCUCCAGACGGUGACCCAUGGGCAUACCAUGCCGAACCAUCCAUCAAUGGAAAUGACCAUUCUCAACCAAUUGGAAUAUCGUGCGAAGACACGAAACUCCACCCGGUUUCAGAAGCAAAUAGCCAAUCGUCCACUGUGACUCCUCCCAUCGUCAAAGACGAAAGUCGAGGGUCAGCCCACUUUGGGGUCGCUCUGUCGCAACCAUCCGCGCCACCUGACGGCGAGAGGGACGGGAACGACGCUGCCGGCACAAUCAGCCCUAGUGACACCGUCAUGGUCAGUACGUUUGGCAGCAUGGCUCCUUAUAGCAUGGCCGGGAAUUACUCCUCGCCUCCUUCAUAUACGGGUAGAGAUAUGUACCCGGGCAAACCAUCCUCAGGGUACACAGUGGAUCCGUCUUCGUCUCCAGCAGCAUUGUACGCAUCAACAACUGGUGGCCUUACCAUGCUGCCGUAUGUGGCUGCUGGACAGUCCAUGGGAAACCACCACCAAUCCAUGGUGUCACAGAGUGGACAUCACUGGUCAGCCGGUUCACAGCAAGUUCACGACCACCAGCAAAGUUCAGCUGGUUACGGUAUCUCAGCUCUGACUUCUGGACUCAAUCUGGCACAAAACUCUUUAAAUUUAUCCUCCACUUCACAAGCCGGUGGGUGUGAUCAAAGUGAUUUGAACAGAUCAGCAGGCUUCUCGACAUUUUCUUCUUCAGGACACGGCUACUUGCGACCAGACAUGGGCCACUGGGGACUUUUAGAUCCUGCCAUCUCUGGGUUACAACAUACAUACUGUCCAGAUGGAAUGGCACAUCACCUUGGACAAGACCGUGGAGACUAUUUCGGCCUGCAAGAGGAGCGGGAGUGUGUGAAUUGCGGGGCCAUCUCAACCCCACUCUGGCGACGCGACGGCACGGGACACUAUCUGUGCAACGCCUGCGGACUCUACAGCAAGAUGAACGGCAUGAACAGACCCCUCAUGCGACCGCAAAAGCGACUCGUCGGCCCGCUAGUGACUGCUAAUCGUCGGGCUGGACAGAUUUGUACGAAUUGUGGCACCACGACAACCACCCUGUGGCGGCGCAAUAAUCACGGAGAACCCGUCUGUAAUGCUUGUGGUCUUUAUUACAAAUUGCAUGGGGUUAACAGACCCCCAGCAAUGAAAAAAGAAGGAAUUCAGAAGCGGAAAAGAAAGCCAAAAAACGCAGCUCAAGCAGAUUCAAAAAGAAAAAGUUUAACAUCAACACCAGGUACAAAAAGUCCUGGAGAUCUCAGUUCCACCAGUGCGACAAAUUACGCAAUAACCACCACUUCAAGCAACUACUCAACAAGCCACAGCGUAACCACUACAGCUAGUUCACCAACUAACUGUGACACAUCUGCCCUCCACAGGCAACCCCAACAGCACAACAGUAGUGGCCACCAUCACCAUUCUCAGCAGCAUCCAGUCACUGAAGAAGCUGGAAGGCACACUCUCCAACACAACAGCUACAACAAUCACCACAGUAUUGCCGACCACACCAAUGUAGGGCAGCAACAUCAUCAGUCGUCUGCUCUGCAUGCGCUUCAGGGAUUGAAUUCCUUUUACCAUCAUCAACAUCAUGGGACAACGUCCGUUAUUGCUUCUACGACAUCCUCCAACACCACGUCUGGGUCAUCCAGGAUGCAGACAUCGCCUUUUGGAAUCAUCAAACACGAACCUUAA